AUGGCCUUAAGACUGUUUGAAGAAAAAGAGCAUGCUGCUGUCUACAUGCAGUACAGAGUAGAACAUCCUCCUGAAGUGAUCAACAGGUUGAUGGACUUCAUGAAACCAAAGAAGGCGCAACAGAAGUUCAACCUUGCCGUGGAUGUUGGAUGCAGUAAUGGUAAAGGCACCAUACUCUUGGCCCCCUACUUCGACCAGGUUGUUGGGACAGACGUGAGUCCCGCCCAGCUGGAAAUGGCGCAGGCCAAUAGCCUUUGUCCAAACGUGACUUACAGGCAGUGUCCUGCAGAAGAACUCCCGUUCGAGUCGAGCCAGAUCGAACUUGUGACCGCAAUGACUGCAGCCCACUGGUGCCCGUGCCCGUGCCCGUGCUUCCUGAAGGAGGCCGACUGUGUACUGAAGCCUAAUGUCUGCCUGACCCUGCUAGGCUUCCCGAUGGACAUGGAGCUGGAGUAUGGCAAUGUCACAAGUACGCUUAACAACAUCUGUGAAGAGUUUUAUGCAGCUCUACGACCCUUCAGAAACCCUUGUCUGGGCUCCUCCUUGUCAAAGAUCCACUUGGACACGUUUGAAUCCUGCACCUAUCAGGACAAACAGUGCGACCCUAAGAACCUGUUCUCCACCAUCGACAAACUCCUCAAACCCAGCAGCAAUAUCUCCUCUUCAUUCACUGUCAACCAAUGUAAUUCCUUCCUCUCAUUCUUCCAAUCCAAAAUCAAAACUCUCUACAGCACUCCGACCACUCCUCCCACUCUUUCUUCCUCUGCUCCUCCCAACUCCGCAAAUUCCCCUCGGCCCUUCCAUUGCAACAUUCCAUCACUAAUCAUUCAGUAUGACAUCUCUUCCAUCCUGAAAGGCAUGAAAAACUCAACUCAUGUGUACUUGAUCCCAUCCAGCCUCAUCAAAAAACUUCCCGCCAUCACCCCCAUCUUGAAGAAACUCGGUCUUAACCCCGACAUAAUGGACAACUUCCAAGCAAGCUCCCCCUAUGUCUUCUUCCUCAGGCUAAUGGCCGCCAUGCAGGUGUCCUCAGCAGACACGGAGCUCACCAUGGUGAUCAUGUAUUUUUACAUGUUUGCACGCAAACCUUGA